GUGCCCGAAGCUGUCAGUGUCCGCUUCCAAACCUACGCGGAACGUUUCGUGUCAUAGAACAUGGCACAGUCCCUUCUUUGGGGACUUGCGAAAAGACUGAAGGAUUUAUUUAGGUCCCUCCCGUCCGAGGUAUUGCAUGCCAUGCCAGGCCAGCCUCGCUUGACGAACAAAGCUGUCAACUAUCACCUAGACUUAUACUACGUUUAGAGAAUACACAUUCUCGGUCAUCAUCAUGGACGAGGCGUGGACUCGGCGGCGCAACACCGUGAAUACACUUCUAGACGGCUAUGGGAGUCUCUCAGUUCCUCAACUACUCCAAUCAACGACUCCCGACUUCCACCAUCAGGUGCUACCAGAAAGCCUAGGUAUGGCAUCACGGAAUAGAGAUGCGUUCGCCCAGCACGCGGCGGGAAUCUUCAACGUGUUCGACGAGUUUAAGAUGAUCCCGAAGUCUAUUGUCGACGACGGACCAGCAAACAUGACGGUGGUGCACGCACGAAUGCAAGGAAUACUCAAGGGGGGAGCCGGGGAGUGGAUAAACGAGUGCGUUAUGAUGAUCCAGCUAUCCCCCGACGGGACUCAGGUUUCCAGGGUCACGGAGUUUGUAGACAGCGCAAAGGCUUUGGAGAUGGCCAGGAAACACUCACCCGAAAACUUUGACGUGAACUACUCAAAGCUUAAUGGUCCGAUGAAGACACAGAAGGGGGCAAGAGACGAAACAACAGGGUCUAAGUCGGUGAAGCUACUAUUUGGGCUGGGACUAGGACAGAUUGUCACGGUAAUAGUUUUGCUGUAUCUGGGUCGGGGGGGACAUCCUUUGAGUUUCUAAGGGAGGUUUGAGUCAACUUUAUUCAGUAUAGUUGGUAUUAGCUCUUCCGUUCUUGUAUUGUUCGCAAAGUCUCGGUACAAUCUUUAUGCGCGUUUGAGUUCUGUCAAAAUAUCUAAGUUACCGUCGCCGAAAUUCUAUCCCCGUCUUACAUGUGAG